CCUUAAAUUUGCGUUUUCUCUGUGCGUUUGAUCUAUUUUGUGUCGGCAAGGGGUUUAUCGCCCCGCCGCGGCGGCGCCUUGCAGUAGAGCUCCCACAACCGUCGGCGGCGGCGCGGGCGCCCAACCAGCCAUGUGGGUUCUCCGGAGCCUCCUCCGGGCAGCCUCGCCGUCGCUCCGCCACAGCUCCGGGCGCUUCACCGCGAGGGGCGAGGCGCUGUCCGCGGCCUUGGGCUCCGCUCCGGCGCCCGCGGGGCUGCUGGCGGUGAGACCACGAGCCGAAGGAGGCUGGCGGCGGGCGAUGUCGACCAAGGGUAGGACCAUGCGGACCAAGGUGGAGAAGCGGAUGGCGAGGGAGACCGGCCGCACGCAGCGGGAGCUCCGCCGCGCCGUCAAGCUCAGGAAGAAGCUCAUGACGGAGGACGAGAAGUUCAUCUACAACCUGCGCAGGGCCAAGAAAAAAGUUGCUUUGCUUCUACAGAAGCUCAAGAAGUAUGAGCUACCAGACUUACAAGCUCCUCGUCAUGAUCCUGAGCUGUUAACAGCUGAGCAACUACAAGCAUACAAGAAGAUUGGAUUCAGAAAUAGAAACUAUGUGCCUGUUGGAGUUCGUGGAGUCUUUGGAGGUGUUGUUCAAAACAUGCAUAUGCACUGGAAAUUCCAUGAGACGGUGCAAGUUUGUUGUGACAAUUUCCCAAAGGAAAAAAUUAAGGAAAUGGCUGCAAUGCUGACAAGAUUGAGUGGUGGAAUAGUGAUCAACAUUCAUAAUACCAAAACAAUCAUCAUGUUUCGGGGAAGAAACUACCGUCAACCAAAGAACCUUAUACCUUUCAACACACUUACCAAAAGGAAGGCUUUAUUCAAGGCUAGAUUUGAACAAGCGCUUGAAUCGCAGAAACUAAACAUCAAGAAAAUAGAGACACAACUCCGUCGUAAGGGGAUCAAUCCAGAGGACCCAGUUGCUAUGGCCAGCAUCCAGCGUGUUGCCUCUACGUUCUUCCGAGCCAUAGAUGAGCAGCAAGGUACUCCCUAUAUUUUCCGCGGGGACGCACAAGCUUCUGCUGGGACUCCUGAAAUAAAAGAACCACGUGAUGAACCAUCUGAAGAUAGUGACCAGGAGGAGCUUGACAGGUUCAUCUCAGAGAUAGAAACUGCAGCAGAGAAGCAAUGGGAGGAAGAAGAGGCUGCAGAGAAAGAAGAAUCUUCAAGAAUGCGAUAUUGGGAGAGGGAAGAUGUAGGUGACCGGAGGGAUUUCAAUAGAAGUUAUGAGAACUCAGAUUAUGAGGAUAGAGGACAGGGAAGAUAUAGGAGAGAGCAUGAUAGCAACAUAAGGACUUCAGAUGUGAGGAAGUGGGAUGGUGAUAGUAGCGAGUUCGAGGCAUCAGGUGAAGAAUGGGACUCUGGUGAUGACAGGGGUAAUGCUCUGGGCUUCGACAAUGAUAGAGGUUCUACUGAUGAGCACCCUCGGCGAUUUGGAAGCAUGAGGAAUGAGAAGAGUAGAUCCACUCGGGCACAGGAUUUUGUCCCUAGGGGAGGCGUGGGUGAGGGGAAGGGUUUCAAUAGAAGCUAUGGCAACCCAGAUGCUGAUGUUCACAAUAGAGGCCAGGGAAGACAUAGGAGAGAUAAUAAAAGAACAUCAGAUGCAAGGAGGUGGGAUGAUAAUAGUGAGAUCGAGGCGUCAGGUGAAGAAUGUGGCUCUGGUGAUGACAGAGAUAGUGUUCUUGGACUCAACAAUGAUAUAGACACAGGUGAUGGUCAUCCUCGGCAAUUCAAAAGCAUGAGGAACGAGAGGAGCAGAUCCAGUGGCAGGCAGAUUUCCAUUCCUGGGGGAUUCAGAGGUUCCAAUCGGAUUCCAGGGAAUUCAGCCGAUGCUUCCGACGGCACUAUGUUCAGAGGCAGCAACGGUGAUGAGUCGGACACGGAAGACGAUGACUUGUGGAUGUCAGAUUACAAGGGGGGAGAGACGAACUCUAGAGCCCCAAAGGUGAAUUUCCCGAAUUUCCACAGCAGCGGUGAGGAUAGUGAUGACAACAGGAAAAACGGUGGCAAGAUUGGUAAAACGAAGAAAAAUACUGAUGAAAGUUGGGACAGUGACUGACUGAGGGCUCAAGAAAGAGUAACGUUGAUCCGUGAUGCAUGGACGAAGGUCGGCACCAAUGGUUGUCAAUGCAGGUUCUUUCAUCGGUGGUCUUGCUCGCAUACUUGUCCAACGGAAACUUGGAGGAGGUAGAAGAGUAGGCAUGGUUUUGGUGAGAACAACUGUUUGAACGUUUGCUGCAUGUUUUCAGACGUGUUCUAUUCCAGUUGGCAUGGUAACCUGAAAAGUUGUUGAAGCGGAUGACAAAGCCAGAACAACACUGCACGACCUGCACAAGCCGGAGGUUCCUGAAGUUCGGUGCCGACAAACUUGAUAUGUCGAGGUUCCUGAAGGUUUCAGAAAUGUGAAAUCCUUUCUGCGAUCACAUUUAUAUUCUCAUAUUCUUGAAGUUUUGAUGUGAGCGAAACAUGCACGUAGAUGUGUCUUGCGUGGGAGAGUUCUCUUAUUUUCGGUAAAUUGCCCGGUACACGUUAUUCAGAGUUCAGAGUGUGUGAAGCUUUUAGGGCAUGUUUGGUUCGUUACCUCAAUUGCCACACUUUGUCCAACUUUUCUGCCUAAGGUUAGUUAUUCAAUUCGAACGACUAACCUUAGGCAAAGUGAGCAGUUAGCCACAAACCAAACAAGCCCUUACUCUGUUUUAAUAUCGUGUGUUUCAGCGUCAUCAUCUAACGUAA